AUGACCCGCAUUGUUGGUCGUGACUUUUCAGCGCAAGCCCACUGGAGGCCGUUCCUCGAUGGCCCCUUCCGCACCUUUGGCGGCUACCAGGCAUUGUCGGGCCGCACCUGCCCGAAGUGCGGGAGCAAUGUGCCUCCGGACUCCCGCUUUUGCUGGAACUGCGGCUUCAAGCUCUCAGAUAACCCUGGUCACGAAGCAGCUCUGCAUCCCGGUGCCUCGCCAGAUGCCUUUCCGCCUCUCAAUGGCUUCUCUCCCUACGCAUCGCCGGCCCCGCUGCCAAUGACGAAGCCGUUGUCCGAAAGCAGGAUUUUGGCAGGUCAGGCAUCGGCAAGUCCGCCUGCAGAGUUGGAGGUCGCGUCGGAUGCAUGCAGAGGUGGCCGAAGUCUUCUACCACUUGCCGUCGUCGGAGAUGUGCCGGGAGAUGGUAAGGCAGACGGUCUCUACCCUGUCGAUGCAGAUCGCCAUGGAGUUCCUGACGUUCUGGAGGAGAUGCGACGGCCUCUUGGUUCCGAAGCCAUGCCAGGCAGCCUGCUUCCCGAGUCUUUCACAAGUCCCCAGCGCCCGGUGGAGGCGUGUAUGUCCCUUCGUAGCGAGACUUGUUUGUUUCCAUGUAUUCAUGUCGCCUAUUACCGGCUGUGA